AAACGGGACUCAUGCAUAAACUGAUAUUUUUGUCCAGACCACAAUGGUGAUCGAUAAAAUCUUGUUGACUAGUUUUGUAUGAUAUGUACAUGCAUGUAUUCUCCACAUGUACACUGCAGAACUGUGUAUAUAACACAGGCCAUAUAAGCGAUCGUGGCAGAAGUUCGACGAGACGUAUCUCGAUACGUGAAAAUUAAAAAAUGUUGUUCCUGAUUAUCUCUCUUCUCUCAAUCUUCGUUUGCCUCUACUGCAUCUACGAUUGUAUCAAGCCAAAAGACUAUCCACCCGGUCCAGCGUGGGUACCGUUAUUCGGAUGUUUGCUCAAGUUCGGAAGGCUACGCUCGAAACAUGGAUACAUUUAUCUGGCUCUGCAAGAACUGGCGCAGACGUACGGGCCGAUAGUUGGAUUAAAGCUCGGAAAUCAAAAGGUGGUGAUGAUUUCAACGUACGAUCUGGUGAAGAAAACUCUUCUCCAGGAUGAAUUCAACAGUCGGCCGGACGGAUUUUUCUUCAGGGUGCGAGCGUUCGGUAAAAGGAAGGGCGUUCUGUUCAUCGAGGGCCCCAUGUGGUCGCAGUGUCGCAGAUUUACGAUGCGGCAUCUGCGAACGUUCGGCAUAGGUCAGUCGAUUUUGACGGAGCAGUUGACUAUGGAGGCUCGAAAUCUCGUUGAGCAUCUGCAGCAGAUGAGCGAGCGUGGCGCGGUGAUGAUGCACACGGCAUUCGACGUCGCGGUGAUCAAUUCUCUGUGGUUCAUGAUAGCCGGGCACAGAUUCGAAUACGGGGAUCAAACGGUGCAGAAGGCGCUCCAAUUGGUUCACGAUGCUUUCAAAUUAACGGACGCCCUAGGUGGAAUGAUUUCGCAGAUACCUUUUCUACGUUUCGUGAUUCCGGAACUGUCGGGAUACAACGAAUUAAUGAGGAUUCUCGAAAGUCUGUGGGGCUUCCUCCACGAGGAGAUCAGGAUUCACGAGAGGGAAUUGUCCUAUGAUCAGCCGCGUGACCUGAUCGAUGCGUUCCUUUUGGAGAUGUAUAAAAACAACGAGAAGGAAGAUACAAUAUUCGAUCGCGAGAAUUUAUUGAUAUUGUGUCUCGACCUUUUCCUGGCCGGGUCGAAGACGACCACUGACACCUUAGCGACUACGUUUCUCUUCCUGUCGCUGAACCCCGAGUGGUUGAAGAUACUUCAAGCCGAGCUGGACAGUGUCGUUGGUAGGUCGCGCGCUCCAACCGAGAAUGAUUUACCAUCCUUGCCAAUAACGGAAGCUUUCUUAGCCGAGGUGCAAAGGUAUCUAAUUUUGGCUCCACUCGGCGUACCUCACAGCGCCGCGAAGGACGUUUCUCUAAACGGCUAUCGAAUACCCAAGGACACGAUUGUUCUCUUCAAUUACCACAGCGCUCACAACGACGAGGCGUACUGGGACCAACCGGAUAAGUUCCGACCGCAGCGAUUUCUAGACGAGCAGGGUCAAUUCUGCCGGAGCAACUACAGCAUACCUUUCGGUUUAGGCAAGAGACGCUGCCUGGGUGAGCAGCUGGCGCGCUCCUCGUUGUUCCUGUACUUCACCUACGUCGUGCAUUACUUCGACAUGGAGCUCUCGGCCGAGCACGAGCGGCCGAGCCUCAACGGCUACGACGGUUUCACCCUGUCGCCGAAACCGUACUACCUCAGGCUCGCGAGGCGGAGACCCGAACGCGGGGACGAUCGCCACGUGACCCGCGCGAGCACAUGACGGUACAUUUGGACUUCUGCGAAGGGGCUCGAUUUCGUCGAACUCGUAAAACGUUCGCGUAAAAGCAAGACUUUCACGGCGUAGAACCAAUAAACGCCCGUUCGCAAACGCCGGGGCCGCGCCGCUCGAUGCCGCGUAUAGGAUCGGUUAACGGAAACGAAUUUCUUUUUGUUCAAGCCAUAACGCGCAUAACACAUUAUACAUAAUACGAGGCAGGUCGAUCGCUAACGCGCGCCGCGUUCGACUCGAGGCGACGAUGCCGUGUCUCCAUACGUAGCGAAAAUACAGAGAGAUUCGGGCGCAAGACCGAAUAGCUAUCUUCAGACCAAAGUCUAAAAGAAAUAUUUAUCUCUGACAUCCUUAUCAAUGAAAGCAGGAGUCGUGUUUCGAAGCACUGACGCCGCCUCGCUCGUUUCUCGCAUGGCACGUCCUCUGCGAGCUCCCGAACGCGAGUUCUGACAAUUAAAUAUAUAUCUUAUUCGCGGCACGUGGCGCGUUGUACAACGUUUCAUGACUUAAAUCCAGCGACGCGCGAAGAAGAUGCGAUUUCGAUUACUUAUUCGCGCGGCUUGAAAUGCUAGACGCAAGUAUGAAAGGUAGAUGACAGCCUCGAUGGACGGAUGUAAGUUAAUAGAAAUGUGCCGCGUGCAUUUCUAGCAAUUUACUAGCUCUCACGCGGUCUAAUACGAGAAAGACGCGUCGUGUGUUUCACUCGUGGGUCUCUAUGGAUGCGCAGCCGAUAUCGCCUUCCGACGCCGGUCGGUU